GGUUCUGACUGUAAAUCCAAUCAUCUCCAUCUGCUGGUUCUGCUCAGGUGUGUCCAGGCAGCUGGAUCACUGAGCUGACAUGUUUGUUCUCCAGGUGUGUUCAGGUGUUCCUCCUCCCCGCAGCCCCUCCCUCUCCUGUCUAUUUAAAUGGGUGGUGUGAGCUGCUCCCGCUGCAGGUAAAGCUUUCUGUCUGUGAACAGCAGGUGGAUGAAGAGCAGAGAUUUUAAAGAAGAUGGAUCAGCCUGGUUCUGACUGCAGCUUGGAGAGGAGCUGCUUCAGUUUGGGUUUCUGAGGAUCAGAAACUGUUUUGGACCUUUUUAGAAAUUAGUUCAACACCCAAAAAAAAAACAUUUUAAAAGGAAAAUAAGUGAAUCUUUUCUGUUGGACUGAAUGCAGAACAUUUCUGGAAAGGAUUCAGAGACGUUUGGAUCUCUGCUGAUCCAGAACCAGAACCGGACCUCAGUCACCUCCUUCAACCAGGUCUGUAGAUCAUUUCUUCAUCCUCAAUCAUCCUCUUCCUCACCGGUGAUGCUGCAUGAAGCAGAGCAGAGUUAAUCCCAGCUGCUAAAGAAGGCGUGAUGUUGGUGUGUCGCCCCCUGCUGGUGACCUUGGCACUGCUCGCCUCGUUAGUCAGAGGUCAGAGCUGGAGGCCUUGCACAGACCUGCUUCCCAUUGACCUGCUCUCCAGAGCGUUACCCCGCCCAGGACCAGCCGCAGCCUCUCAGGUGCAGAUGGUUCAGUCCAGAGGCUCUAGAGGUAUCAGACUGACCGGCUCGGUACCAACAGCUCUAAGUUUUACAGCCUCACACAUCUUCACCAACUGUAACUAUUUUCCUUCUGAGUUCUCUUUGGUUGCCACUGUAAAGAUACCAAGACUGAGACAGAAGACCAAUCAGUACAUCCUCUCUGUGGUGAAGGAGGAAUCUGCGUCAUUGCUGCUUGGGCUACGUGUCUCUGAGAACCAUCUUCAUCUUCUGACCGCGGCCCCCGGUCCCGGAGGGAGAAGACGGAUAAGUUUUAAAAAUGUGGGAUUAGACGACAACAGAUGGCACACGCUGGUUCUGGCUGUGAGCGGUCAUUACGCCAUGCUAACCGUUGACUGUGGCCUACCUGUAGAACUUAAACAGGUCCAGUCCUUCCCCAGUACUCUGAACACUCAAGGUUCCAAGUUCAUCAUUGGCAGCAGGGGGCACUGGAGGGGUCACUUCUCUGGUCUGCUUCGUCAGCUGGUUCUUCUUCCAGGCUCAGACGCCAGGCCCAGACUUUGUCCGAACUCUGAACCCAGUCUGGCAGAGCUGUUGGUCCCUCAGGUCCUCAGGUCCGCCCUCCUGCAGCCGGACCAGCAGGGUUCAGUUUAUCCAUAUGAGGCGGAGGCCAGAGUGACAGCAGGAGAACGUCCUCCAUGUUCAGGACCAGAGAAAGGUCAGCUGUGGUUCAACGUUCAGAGGAAAGGUCUGUUCAUCUGCGACGGGACGACGUGGACGGCGCUGCUUCAGAAUAAGGAGCGUCUGGACUACGUGGAGGACUACCAGGACCUGUACACCCGCUCAGAAACCUUAGAUGUGGAGGUCUUCUCCAUCCCGUCUGAAGGCCUCUUCAUGGCUGCAGCCAACAAGGCCUCCCGACCCGGUUCCGGUAUUUACAGAUGGCAAAAUGGGUCGUUCCAGCUGUACCAGAACAUCAGCACUCAGGAAGCCAGAGCUUGGAAACAUUUCAAAAUCGAUGGAAAGAUUUUCCUGGUGGUGGCGGACAGCAGGAAGGCAGAGCCUGAGAUGUCAGUCAUCUAUCGGUGGAAUCGGCGGCGGAAGCGUUUCCUACUCUACCAGACUCUGGAAACUCACGCUGCUCAGGACUGGGAGGCCUUUCAGAUCCACAACAGUAGCUUCCUGGUGGUGGCCAAUCACAGGCGAGCCAGAGACUCCAACCAUAACAUCCAGAGUGUCAUCUACAGGUGGAACCCGGACACAAAGCUGUUUGAGGUCAACCAGACUCUGACUACGUUCGGUGCUUACGACUGGGAGUUCUUCACCAUCGGGCCGUAUCAUUUCCUGGUGGUGGCGAACACCUUCAAUGGUCAGACCACCACCAUCAGCUCCACCAUCUAUGUCUGGGUGGACGGAUGUUUCCGGAGCUUCCAGAACAUCACGACGAAAGGAGCAACGGAUUGGGAAAUGUUCCAGAUCGACGGCCGGUUCUUCCUCGCCGUCGCCAACAGUCAGCAGUUCUCCAGCCGAGGCCCGAGUCUCUACAACAUCAACUCCACCGUGUACGAGCUGAACAUGUUGACUCAGACCUUCAUCCACUUCCAGGACAUCCCGACUCACAGCGCCGUUGACUGGGAGUUCUUUACCAUUGGAGACGAGAAGUUCUUGGUUGUGGCCAACUCUCAUGAUGGCAGCUCGUACUCUCUGAACAGCGUUGUCUACAGAUGGCAGGGCUACGAGGGUUUCAUCUCUGUCCACAGCCUGCCCACCUUCGGCUGCAGAGACUGGGAGCACUUCACCACUGACCAGGGCUCCUUCCUCGUCUACUCCAGCGCCACCUCCAGGCUCAGCAAGGUGUUCAGACUGAGGACUUACUGAGGAGACCAGAACCACUGCUGACAGGAUUGCUGACAUCACAUCCCUGAGGGCGGGGCUUCAGGGAUCAGUGCUGCUCUGCUUUCUCAUCUCCAAGAGCUACGAUGAAAAUAAGAAACAAAACAACUUUAUUUAUCUGAGAAGCACUUUGUUAAACAAACUACAUGAAGCUGUGCUGAGCGUUUGAAUGGUCCAAACGGACCCAGAGUUCAAGGCUUUGCUUUGGAGACAUUCUGAACGUUCCUCUCUGCAGCUACAGAUGUUAACAGACAAACAGGAACUCUGUCAGAACCAACAUGAACUCGGUCACCAGCUCUGUGCAUUUACUUCUGAAUCAUUGACAAUGAGAAAGAAACAAGUCGUCAAUUUUAAAAUGGUAUAAAAUGGGAAGUAUGCAUACAUUAAAAACAUUUCCUCUGUAGAUCCAAAUGUGGGACCAAGGAGAACUUAAUGUAAGCUAGCCCAAGAUCCUUCAAGAGGUCAUAGCACAAAAAAACAGAAACAAACAGACUUUUGAACAGAACAAUGCAUUCAACAGAUGGAUUAAUCCUGUAAUGUUCAUUACUUAUCCAGAUUGCUCAGACUAACACUGUUAGUGAAUGCAGAGAAAAAUGAAAGCUGUAUUUAAAGAACAGUUUAUCUACAUGCUUAUUAAUAGAACUACAGUAAAUGCUCUCUGGGUAAAACUCUCAGCAAAUGAAGCUUAAAAACAAAAAAGACGAAGCUACUGAUUGAUACAAACUAAAGAUGCUGUGAAGACAGAUGUGCAGAAACAUGAUGCACGUUAGGAAAUUGGUGUUUGACUGUUAAUUAAUCUAUUUACCCCAAAGCUGCCCCAUCCUGGACCAGCUGCAGCUGCAGCCAUGUUUUUCAGGGUAUUGCUUCUUUAGGUGUGUUUUUAUUAUGGCCGAUUCAUCUAAACAGAUUAACUGUAUGUUUUAAUUGUUCAUCAUGUAACAUCAAACACAGUCUGUGUUAUAAAUUGCUCAAUGACUGCAGAAACUGCCAUUUUUCUGGUUAUAAGGUGCCUUUUACUGUUCCAGCAGCAGAACUUUAUUCUGGCGCCAUCUGCUGGUGUCUCUGGGAAUUACACAAUGAUCUACAGACUAUAAUGGGUGUUUUUAGGUUCAUGGGUCAUUUUAGGUAAUUUUUCUAUAAAUCAUGUUUAAUAUUCACACAUAUAGAUAAAACUUUUCCUUUGGCUGCCCCUUGUUUCAGCCACUGUCUGUGUUGUUGUUUUAUUUAUUGAUUCUUGUUUUUGCUGCAGGACAGUAAACUCAACUGAUCAGGUUCCAGAAAAGUAAAUGUUUUUCAUUAUUUUCUAUGAAAUUAUGAAAUUGUUUAACCAAUUUCCUCCUCAGGUCUCUGACAGAGCUACUAAAGAAAAAUACAUUU